AUGGAUGAUAAAUCAAUCGAUGAUUUCUUCGCGAAGAAAGAUAAAUCCAAGAAGAAAAAGAAAGGAGGCCCAAAGAAAUUCACCACUACUGAGACCAUUACCAAAGCUAUCCAUGAUCAACAAGCUGCAAAGAAAGAACAAGAACAAAUAGAAAGCACACAAAUGCCAUCGCCUUUUAUUAAAGCUAGCAUACCACCAAUGGAAACGACUACAGCAGUUGUAAAGGGUGACGAUGAAUGGAUUGAUUUUAAACAGAAAGAAAAAGCCGAUUUCUCUGCUCUUGAUUUGGAAGAUUUAAAUAUUAGUAGCAGUGGUAAUGCACAAGAAGAUCAACCCAAAUUAGAAAAUGCCACUGAAGAUGAUGAAAAAGUAGAUGAUGCAGCGACUCCAUGGCAAGGUGAUGUCAUAAGACAGAAAAAUAUACCAGAUGAUACAGAGGAGCAACAGCCGCAAACGAUUGAAACGCCAGCCCCUGCAAGUCAAGAUGCACAACCAGAAAGCACUGCUACCCCUAAAACCGGCGGCAAGUACAUACCGCCUGCAUUAAAGAGAGCUUUAGAGGGUAAGGCCGGAGGAGAUGAUCAAGGCACUCCUGCUCCUGCCAAAAGUACUGGCAAAUAUGUUCCUCCAUCAAGGCGAAGAACUCAAGAUGGACCAGGGUCAGAUAACAUCUAUAGCGAAAGAAGUUACGUCGUACCUUCGCGAAGAGGCGGCCAUAAAGUUGAUGCACCUUCUCUACAUGACGAAGCAGAAUUCCCAUCGCUUACGGAUUCUAUUCCGAAAGAGUCGAAGGAGAAUGCACCGUACGUAAUGAUUUGUGAACGUAAUGGUGUCGAUAAGUCGAAAUUGAUCUUGUUUUAUUUCUCCCAUAAUAGAGUAACUCAACGAUCUUUUGAAUAUGUUCGACAUGGAGGAAGGCCCUCAGGGCUCGCAAGUUCUCAGCCUGUAGAAUUAGAUAACAAGUAUCAGUCUUUAAGUAAUUGA